AUGUCUGGCACUACAAAAGCGAACAAUGAAUCCUGGUCUGUGGCUCACGAAGCCUCGCAGCAAAUAGUCUUGCAGGCAGCGAUGGAGGAUGUUGAAAAACAAGCGGUCAAGUUGGAAGACGACUUAGUGAUUGCGUUGAAGGAGAAUGUGAAGCAAAGUAAUGAGCUGAAAACGAUGCAAUUAAAAAUUGAUGAGUUGGAGGUAUCUUUGCGAUCUGAAUCUAUGAAGCUAGGAGCGGUGCAAAAGGAUUAUCAACAAUGUGCUUCAGCUCUUGAGUCAGCGCGAUUGUCGGAAAAGGAAAAGGACGCACGAUUUGAUCGGCUGCAGCGAGAGUCUGAUGCCCUGAGAGAUGAAAUCGGUCGCUUGCAUACAGAAAACAGAGACUACAAAUCGAAUUUGAAUGAAACGGAGGCUCAAGUGAAAUUGGAUAACACUGAGAUAGUACCAUUGCGGUAUGAGGUCCAGAGGCUAACGACCGAGAUGGGAUCACUCUCUUCGCACUCCGCCUGGUUGGAGCAAGAGCUGAAAUCCAAAACCGACCACCUUCUUUCUCUUCGCUCAUCGCAUGCUCAAGUUGUCGAGAAACUUCAACGACAAUUGGACGAGGCUUCUGGAGAGAACGAGAAGCAAAGUCGAAACUCCGCUUCAUUACGACAGCGUUUGCAAGUUGCUCAAUCUAAGAUUGAUGACACUGAAAAGGAGCUUCAGAAAGUUCGGCAAGAAGCCUCCAACAAGGCAUUAGAAAGUGAGCAAUCAGCUGCGGCGUCGAAGAAACUAGUGGCAAUACAAAAGCAAAAGAUUGAUCGCCUGAACAAUAAAUAUGACUCUGUUUGCCGACAACUUGACGGGUUGAAACGAUUUGCGACAGAUGGACAGCAGCAGGGCAACUCUGAUUUGCAUGAAAGAGAGGAGGAGUUACAAAGCAAAAUGGAUGCAAUGCUAGAGGAACAAGCAAAAAGCUUUGCAAAACAGCUCACCGAUUCGAAAGGACAGCUGGAACAGGCAAGACGUCGCUGCGAGCAAGCUGAAAAUUCCCUUCUCCUUGGCGACGCAGCAAGUUCUACGAAGAAGAGAAAAGCCAUUGACAAAAACACGGUGGAACAUCUCAGCCUAACUGACUUAUAUUCCCGAAUUGCUAGCACUGAAGAUGAACUCCGAAAAGAAAGUUUGCUCCGAAAGCAAGCAGAGAUCAGAGUGACUCGAAUUGAAGCAGACAUUAGAGCAAAGGCACCAGAACUUCUUCGGCAGCGCAAAGAAUACGAGGUAGCAGUUGAGCGCCAAUUAGAAUACAAGAAUCGAUUGCAAAGCGCUCUGGAAGAAGCAGAAGAGUCCCGCUUGCGUUAUUCUGAGUUGGAGGCGGAGGUACGAGGACUACAGUCGCAGAACAAAGACUUGGAGCUCGACUCCAUUGAACUAGCGAAGCAAGUCCAGUCACUUUUGGCGGCUCGCACCGCCAUUGAUGGAGGAGUGGAUUCGAUUCCUGCAUCGGUGAUUGAAAUGCAGUCCACAAACCAACGGCUGCUCUCUGAACACCGCCAGCUAACAGUGAAGGUGAUGGAUUUAGAACAGGAAAUACGACAGAAUCCUUGGCAAGAAAAAGCUGCACGUCUCGAAAAAGAAGUACAUGAGUUGAUCGACGAUAGGAAGCGACAGGAGGUCAUGGUAGAACAAAUUGUUGAACAGCGUGAUUUAUUCCGCGCUCUAGUAAAGAACCAGGAUAGCGCCUCUCCCGAAGAAGCAUCUUUGGCGAUUUUACACAAACACGGGGAACGGAGCAAGGAACUCGAGGAAUCUAAACAAAAAAUUGAAGAAAAACUAGAAAUUGCUACAAAGAAGCUUGAUUCUUCAAAGCAAGACUCACUAGCGAUGCUAGAACGCCUCAGCCGAUACGAAGCACUCAACGAGGACCUUUCAAACACGGUCGACAAAUUACAAAGUCAGUUAUCAACUGCCAUGGCCAAUGCUGCAAAGUCUAGUGCCGAUUCAGCAUAUCACAAGAGUAAGAUGAUGCGAACUGAAAACACAUCGCUACGGCUUCGGGAAGAAAUCUCAGAGAUAACUGCUGCGAAGAAUAAAUUGCAGCUCAUCAAUCACAGCCUUCAGGAUGCACUUUCCAAGGCGAAUUCGGAAUGUGCCUUGAUUGAAAGUGAACUUGAACAGACGAAGGUGAAACUUCGGGUUGCAGAGUCACAGACUGAAACGGCCAGGAAAGCUGAGGAAAGAGCGUCGAAUGAAGCGAAGCAGCUCCGAAUGGAGUUGACAUCACAAGUCUCCCUCGGAAACUCGAUUCAGCGCAUCGAGACAACGUUGGCUGCUAGGAAUACAGGAAUUGAAGAGUCGUACAAGAGCGAAUUGAGGAUAGUUUCAAAGAAGCUUUCUGAUCGAGAAGAAGAACAUGCAUCAGAGCUUCGUCGACUGAAGGAGGAAGUAAAUGAUCAAGGAAUUCGUCUGAUGUCAGCCGAAGACACGAGAAAAGAGGCAGCGAAAGAAGCUCUGCAGGCAAACAGGAAACUUCUCGAGACUAUCGCAGUGAACAAACAGUUAGAGGAAUUGAUCCAAUCUCUCAAGUCCGAUCUCAUUGAAGCUCAGGAGAAGUUAGGCCCGGCGGACAGCCGGAAUCCCGUAAACGAACUUCGAAUGCAGGUUGAAUCCUUGACGGAGAAAUACAAAAUUGCAAAGGAGGAGAACGAGAGCUUGAAAAAGAUAGUUGUCGAAUUGAAGGAGGUGUCGAAAGGCAGCGAGGAUGCGGUUCUUGAAAUGACGAAUGCUCUGAAGAUUGCAAGCACAGCACGAUCUGACGAGCUAUCAACUCUUGAUGACCAACUCACAGUUGCUAACGCAGAACUGGAAAAGAUGAAGCAGGUCGUCGCCGAUCUCACAAGAGAUCUGUCGAGUCAACGAGAACAAAGAGAAAAGGCAGUCCAAGAUGGAAAAUCAAAACUGAUUGAAGCUGAAUCGCGAAUAGCCAAACUUCGAAGCGAUGCCGAGAACGCACACCUCCAAUGCAAGGAACUCGAGUCUGAAGUUGCUCAGCUACGACUGGAUGCUUCCAUUUCCCAGAAAAACUACGAGCGAGAAUUGAACCUUCACUCGCAAGCAAGAACGCACCUUAGGACAGCAAGGGAGGAAGCAGAAAACCAUCGUAGAGCGCGUUCCAUGGCAGAGAUUAAGUUGCAAAACCUAGGCAUUGAGCUCUCGGAGGAGAAGGCCAUUGUCGCUCGAGAAAAAGCAGAUCUGGAAGUGCGGGUUAAGGAUCAAGAAAAGGUACUUGAAGAAGCCCGAACUCAGAACGUCAUCUUGCACGAGCAACUUGAGAAAAUUGGAGACCAGAUUCAAAACAUCAAAGGGGAUGCCAUGUCUGCUAAUAACAACUUUCUUUCAAGCAGCACAGAUGUUGAACUGCAAAAGACGAUUUCUGAGCUUCGCGAAGUAAUUAAAUUUCUACGAUCAGAGAAGGAAGUCAUUCAAGUUCAGCUAGAUGCUGCUCGUCGCGAAGCAGAGAGAGAUCGCGCUGCUGCUGAGGUUGCAAGACAGAGUCUUGACCAUGUAAGGAUUGAAAUGCGUCAAAGUGAAGAGUUUACUGGAUCAAUUGACGAAAACAGCCUAAAGUCCAAAUUGGAUGACUCAGAAAGCCGUUGCCAGCUUUUAGAGGAAAGCAACGCUCACUUGAGAGAAGAGAUAAAAGCUUGCCAGCAAAAGAUUAUGACUCUAAGCGCUGAUCUUGAAGCUUUAAAACAGGCAUCCAUCCCAAUCCAAAUGAACCAGCGGGACUUGGAAGCAAGAAACGCUGGGCUCGAUGCAGAGAGAGAGAGCCUAAGGCGGGAAGUGGACGACUGGAAGGGACGGGUACAAGCUCUUGUGACGCAAUUCAAUCAAAUCGACCCUAUAGAACACCAAAAAGUGGUGAAGGAGUUGGGGAAGAUGAGAACAGAGCUUGAUGAUUUAGUACGAAAGAAAGUUGAAGCCGAAGAUGAGAGCAAGCGGAUCAGGCAACUCGCAGGCAGGGCAAGCAAAGAACUCCAACAGAACAAACAACUUGUAGAGAAACAGAAAAGGAUGAUUUCGGAACUGACAGAAGAAAAAGACAAUAUGGCAGAAUUGUACAAGGGAAAUAAGCUGAAGGAUCUGGAAGAGCUCAAAAAGAAAAUUUCGGAGUUGGAGGAAGAAAGAAAUAAUGGGAAAAAGCUUCUCUUUGGAGCAAACGAAAUGAACGAGAAGCUGCGUGAGCGGCUAAGGCAGUUUCAAAAAGUGAUUAAUGAUUGCAAGAAGAAGGAAGCACUGCUUCAUGGUCAGCUAGAGCAAGCAAGAGCGCAGGAGAGAGAUUCUGACGAGGCGAAGGUAGAUACCCAACCUAAAUUGAUUGCACACUCGGUCCCGCACGCAAGAAUUGCCGGUGAAAUGCAUGAGAAGGAUCCAACAGACAAGCCUGAAACAAAGGACAGGGUCGACGGUGCUGCCGUUCCAAAAACGAAGAAGGUAAUUACGAAUGUUCCACUUGGUGGCUUUGUGUUUGGUCCCAGUGAGCCAGAUGGGUCAACUUUGCAGGAUAAAACCAAUGAUGACAGUUCCAUGCCAAAUAAUGUUUCUUUGGAGGACAACAAUUCAGAAGUGAACGCUUCGAUGGCGGCGGACGGAAUCAAACGCAAAAACGCUUUGGAAAAAAGUUUGCAGUUGUCAAAGGAUGAUGGAAAAUCAUCGCCGAAGGCCGACUCAGAGAAACCGUCGCCGAUUACCCGCGAAUUUUUGGGGGAACAGAAAGAGCUCAGCAUGAAGGAGAAACUAAUGGAAAGGAAGCGAAAACUGAUGAUUGAUAUGCAAAUGAAGCAAGAGGCUUUACGAAAAACGCAGGAUGUUGUUCAUAUUGCAACAAGGAGAGAUGAGCCAUCUGCAAAACGGACCAAGGUUGCAGAUGAGGCUAACCACCUUUCGGAGACCUCAGUCAAACCGAAAGCAAUAGAUGUCUCGGGAGCUUCUGUAGCCGGCCCCAGCUUCAAUUCUGCCAAUGAAAGCCAAAAGCAGUCUCUCAUAGUCAACGAUAGAGUUGAUAGCACAACAGACGAUCGAGGACAUUUUGUUCCUGCAACAAAUGUUGUGCUAAAUUUUCCGGAUUCAGGUGAAUCGCUUCAAGUUUCUGCCUCGAGCGUUGGACCUGGAGAUCAGCCUGUUGCCCACUCAAAUCAAAGAGAGGCUUCCUUUGCAGGUGCAUUUUUAGACAUCAAGCCUCCCGGAGUUUCCUCGAGCGCUCCAAAAUUCCAAUUUGGUUCUUCAAAUGCUAUCAAACUUCCAACUCCUUCUGUGCUUCAACAAAGCAAUGUUUUCAAUGCCUUUUCAACAGCGACAGCAUUCAGCAAUGGUGGAGUUUCCAUCAAACCGCUUUUUGUUGCUACAGGGGGUGGGGAUGAUAACAAGAAGCGUGGUACAGAUGAAAAGGCUGUAGUUGCGAGGGAUGAGAAAGUUUCGCAAAAUCAAAAAGAAGAGGGAUGA